AUGUUCCUUCCAAGCUCUGUCUUCCUGGAGAUAUCUCUGUUGGUCAUACUGGUAUUGACCUUUUUAUCCAAUGUCUCAUUUUCCUCUCAAGCUGGGGAAAGAAGAGUGUUUCCAGCACCAAGAUCAUCAGGUGUGAAGGGAAGGACAUUGAUUCUCUUGGACGUAAACACCAAAACUCCAAUCAGAAGUGUAAAUGAGAACUUCUUAUCUGUACAGUUAGAUCCUUCUAUCAUCCAUGAUGGUUGGCUGGACUUUCUAAGUUCUAAAAGGCUGGUUACACUGGCUCGAGGUUUAUCACCAGCUUUCUUGAGGUUUGGAGGAAGGAGGACAGAUUUCUUGCAUUUCCAGAACCUAAAGAACCCAGCCAAGAGCAGAGGAGGACCUGGACCGGACUACUACCUGAAGAACUAUGAAGACGAUAUUGUGCGCAGUGAUAUAUCUCUUGACAAACAGAAAGGCUGUAAUAUUGCUCAACACCCAGACACCAUGCUGGAGCUACAGAGAGAGAAAGCGGCACAAAUCCAUUUAUUGCAUUUGAAAGAGCAGUUCUCAAACACUUACAGCAACCUUACACUAACAGCCAGGUCUCUUGACAAACUUUAUAACUUUGUUGACUGCUCUGGACUUCAUCUGAUUUUUGGACUUAACGCUCUUCGACGAAACUCUGAUAAUUCUUGGAACAGUUCCAGUGUACUAAGCUUGCUCAAAUACAGUGCCAGCAAAAAAUACAACAUUUCAUGGGAGUUGGGAAAUGAACCUAACAACUAUAGGAUGUUGAAUAGUCGUGCUGUGAAUGGCAGUCAGUUAGGAAAGGAUUACAUCCAGCUGAAGAAUAUGCUGCAGUCUAUUCGGACAUAUUCCAGGGCUCAUUUAUAUGGACCCAACAUUGGUCGACCUAAAAAGAAUGUGAUAGUCCUGCUUGAUGGCUUCAUGAAGGUGGCUGGCAAAGCGGUGGAUGCGAUUACCUGGCAGCAUUACUAUAUUGAUGGACGAGUAGGCAAAGUGAUGGACUUCAUGAAAACUCGACUACUGGAUGCACUUUCUGAUCAAAUAAGAAAAAUUCAGAAAGUUGUGCAUAAGUACACACCAGGGAAGAAGAUAUGGCUUGGAGGAGUUGGAGCUCCUUGGUCAAGAGGAACCAACAACUUAUCAGACACAUAUGCUGCUGGAUUUUUGUGGCUGAACUCUUUAGGAAUGUCAGCCAAUCAAGGAAUUGAUGUUGUGAUCCGACAUUCGUUCUUUGAUCAUGGAUAUAACCAUCUUGUAGACCAAAACUUUAACCCACUGCCGGAUUACUGGUUGUCUCUCAUCUUCAAGAAGCUUGUAGGUCCUAAAGUAUUGGCAGUCCAUGUUGCUGGUAUACAGAGGAAACCACGCCCAGGGAAAGUAAUACGUGACAAACUCCGAAUCUAUGCCCACUGUACAAGUUACCACAACCAUAAUUAUGUCCGGGGAUCGAUAACACUGUAUAUUAUCAACUUACAUCGAUCAAGAAAAAAAAUCAAACUUGCGGGAACUUUACGAGAUAGGACUGUUCAUCAGUAUCUCCUUCAACCAUUUGGUAGUGAAGGAAUCCAGUCAAAGUCAGUUCAGCUAAAUGGACAACCCCUUGCAAUGAUCGAUGAUGGAGCGCUUCCCGAGAUUAAACCAAAACCAUUACGACCUGGGCGUACGCUGGUUAUUCCUCCACUAAGCAUAGGUUUUUAUGUUGUGAAAAAUGUUAUGCUGUUGCCCUGCCGCUACAGAUAG